AUGUUUUAUCUCCUUCGAACCUGGAAACCUAGCUUUCUUUUGUUGUGUAUUGCGUCUUGCUGUGCCUCCGACGACCUUACAGCACUGACGUCUACCUGUAAUUCUUUAUCCUCUUUACUUCCCGGAAAAGUCUUCUUUCCGGGCAGUGUCCCUUAUAAUGCCUCAUUAUCCGGGUCCUGGUAUCUAGACAACCGAUUGACCCCUAUAUGCUUUGUUAAGCCACAGUCUGCAUCUGAUGUAUCUUCGGCUGUCAAAGUUCUCAAAAAUUCACCAUCAAUUCAAUUUGCUGUGAGAGGCGGGGGUCACGCGUUCAACCCGCGAUUCUCGGGCAUUGAUAAAGGCGUCACGAUUGAUAUGAGUGCCAUGAAUACUGUCGAUGUUAUUGCAGAUCGCUUCAUAGCAAGCGUUGGAGCUGGUGCAGUAUGGUCCGAAGUAUUCAAUGUACUAGAUACUUAUAAUCAAUCUGCCCUCGGGGGUCGGGUGUCGGACGUUGGAGUGGGAGGACUUAUCACAGGAGGUGGCCUUGCGUUCUUCUCACCUCAGCGAGGAUUUGCAGCGGAUUCCGUUGCCAACUUCCAAGUUGUACUUUCAACGGGAGAUAUCGUCAAUGCAAACGCCACUUCAAACGCAGAUCUUUUCGCCGCAUUAAAAGGAGGUCAAAACAACUUCGGAAUUGUGACUAGGUUCGACAUUAUUACAUUUUCCCAAGGUCCUUUCUGGGGAGGCACACUCAUUUUCCCAAAUUCGACAGAUGAUCAGCAAAUUAAAGCCUUUACAAGCUUCAAAACCCCCGCGAACUAUGAUCCCUAUACAUCGGUUGAGCAGAGCCAUGUAUACGUCAGUGCUCAGAACAAUACCUUCUUAACCUCGAGCAGUAUAUAUUACUCAAAGCCUGUAGUCAACGCGAGCUCGUUGAAGGUAUUUACGGAUAUACAGCCCCAAAUUAUGAAUACAUUGCGAAUAUCAAACGUAAGCGACUUCGCUGAAGAGGUUAAAUCAUUGGGUACACCGAAUCAAUAUUCCGUUUGGGCUACAACGACAUUUGAAAUAUCUCCAACAAUACUAACAAAAGUUCUCGCGGCUUUUCGGUCCUCCAGACUCCAGAUCGGGGCAGAAGUUGACAGCGUUGUUUCAUCUAUGACCUGGCAGUCGAUUCCUCCUCCGCCUUCCAAUCCUCUUACUCCGAAUAGUAUGGGUUUCUCUCCAUCGUCAACGCCACAAAAGAACCUAGUGAUGGUUCUGAUCUCCGACUUUUGGACCGAUCCUGCCUCCGAGGCACUAAUACGCGCCUCACUCGAGGCUCUGGUUGAUUCAAUUGAUUCAAUUUCGCAAGAUGAGGGGAAGUUCGUCCCGUAUAAGUAUCUCAAUUAUGCUGCAGAUUUCCAGGAUCCGCUAAGUACCACUGGUCGUAAACCCCUCCAACAAACCGUCGCAAGGAAAUAUGAUAGAGCCGGAAUGUUUCAAACUCAAGUACCAGGAGGAUUCAAAUUUGGAGUUCAAACUGAUGAUGGCAAAGACAUUGGGGUCAAAAGGGGAAUAUAG